AUGGAUGGCACUCAAGCCACGCCUGGCAGCAUCGCCGACGACGAAGCCGGCUCUUUCGAUUCCUCAUCUGAUUUCACCUCUCAGCGCAGCCAGCCCUCUGACUUCGAUCAAUUUGCUCCACCCAAGCAGACACCGACGACAGUUGCUAACGCUGAAUUCAUCUCGCCGGGUGGUAAACCAACAUGUACUAGCCCCUCUAUCAACGCGGUGUGGAGCCACCCUGGCUAUGCUCCUGUUCCUGCAAUAUACCAGACCAAGACUUCAGACUAUCUGGACGGAAUCCUCCAGGCGCAGAAGUGCACCCAAGCUCUUCUGGAGAAAAGCACACAGAAGGAUGAAGACCAUGAGCACCAGCAGUUGGAUGACGCCGUGCUCCCUACGUUCACGAGUGCGAACCAAGACGAGUUAGAGAACGCCACCACUCAUGAUUCUGAGCCAUUCAUUUCAUACAGCCAGUAUCUCAACCUUCCCGAUCUGGAAGAUGACCUUCUUUUCCCAGACCUUGGAAUCUAG